AUGCGAGUUCCCCUUUGAAUGAAAACUCCGUCUGGGAAACCCUUUGCGGAAAACCCUUUGCGUCUCCCGCCCAGAAUUUCCCCCUGGGCAGAGGAAAUCAGUCAUCGUAGCUUUUGCGAAAACGAAACUCUGGCGCUGCCCGUGAACUUCCGGAAGUGCCGGCGCUGCGUGCAGCGGGCGGGCGGCCGCGGAAGGUGCACCAUGGACCCGGCGGCGGCCAGGUCAGCCCACGGAGCCAGCAGGGCCGAGGCCCGGGACGGCCGCGACCAGUUCCCGCACCCCACCGGUGUCUUUCAGGUUGCAGAAAAGAUGGAAAAAAGGACAUGUGCACUCUGCCCCAAAGACAUCGAGUAUAGUGUCCUAUACUUUGCACAAUCAGAGAAUAUAGCUGCUCAUGAAAAUUGUUUGCUAUAUUCUUCAGCACUUGUGGAAUGUGAGGAUCAUGAUCCAUGUAAUCAAGAUAGAAAUUUUGAUGUGGAAUCAGUAAAAAAAGAAAUCCACAGAGGGAGGAAGUUGAGAUGCGCUUUCUGUAAUCGGAGGGGAGCUACCGUGGGAUGUGACGUAAAAGCCUGUAACAGGAGUUACCACUUCUUCUGUGCCCAGAACGACCAUGCGGUUCUACAGACUGAUGGAUCGCGAGGAAUAUAUAAAGUGUUCUGCCAACAACAUGCUCCAGGGAGCAGCGCUAACGACCUACUCCCAGGAAACUCUCUGUCUGCUGCCUUCCAUCCCCAGGACAAUCAGAGGAUCAAACGAGGACGUGGAGUGAAAAGAAAAAGAGGAAAGAGACCUCUCUCGACAGGCAUUCAUGCACAGCCACCUAAUGCGAUGACACUGAAUAGACUCAUAAAACACAUGAAGGAUGAGGAUGGCAGACACACAGAUGCAACUGUGAAGAUGGAUUUUCUUAAGAAAUGUAAGGAAGCAGGGCUUCUUAAUGAUUUAUUUGAAGAAAUAUUAGACAAACUUCAUUUGAUCCAGGAAAGACUCAUGGAUGACACUGCUUCUGAUUCAGACUAUGAAGAAAUUGGGACUUCACUUUUUGACUGUAGGUUGUUUGACGACGUAUUUGUAAAUUUUCAAGCAGCGAUACAGAGAAAGAUCCAUCACUGUGAAGAAAGGCAGCAGCAACUGAAGGAAGAGCUCGAGGCACUUCAGGACCUGAACCACAUCAUGUACUUUACUCACGAAGACAGAGACGCGAGGUCAAGUUCUCUCUCGGUGUCUUCUGUGUCGUCCAAGGAUUACCCCUUCCAAAACCAGGAAUGAGGCUCGCACCCAAGCAGCUGCACCCUGAAGACCCGACCUGGGCAAGCCACACGUCGUUAGGACGAGGCCGCUCCUGUCUCUCUGGUCCUCAAACUUCAAUCCUCCUUAACUCUUGCCUGUUCUUGCUGGUUGACAUUUCGUGCCCGCCGGGGUGUUUUUUUUUUUUACCUCCUCCCUCUUAUUAUCAUCUCACGUCUGCUCUCCAAUAAAAUGUUGAGUACACUGGCUCUUACCUCCCAUCUCUUCUGCCCUCUGCACUGAAAAUACUCGGGCGGCUUCGUGCUGGUGCACCGCCGCCCACCCUUCCCCCAACUCCAGUGUCUAAGUUGAUUCCAGUAACACACAAGGUACUCCUGAAAGUAAAGUCUCCCCAGGGCCUUUGCACAUCUUGCUGUGAAGCCUUCACUGCUCUUCUCCCUUUCUCUGCCUUUCCUGCUGCAGAUCUCAUUACACCAGUUCCACCCUCAUUCUGUCUGAGUACUUCUUUCUCCUGUCACCACUUCCCAAUGUAAUCCCCUCGAUCUUCCAUCAGCUCUCUGAGGGCAAAGCUCACUAUUCCUGUGUUUAGUUCCCAACACGCUCCCAGCACCUAGCAUGCUCAGUACAUGUUGAAUAAAUGCAUCAACUGUCCUUAUCUUUUGAGACUAUUCCAGCUCAUGAUGACAGAUAUAACAAAUUUAAAUAUUGAAUAAAUCUGAUUAUUUUUACUUCA